GCACUUCCGGCCCUCACGGAAGUUGUUGCACAGUCGUUUCCGAGGCGGUGUGAGGUAGAGGAGCGCUCCAAAUGGGUCGUAGCCGCUCCCGAUCUCCGCGGAGGGACCGUAGGCGGUCCCGGUCCACUUCGCGAGAGAGAGAACGCAGGCGCCGGGAAAGGUCUCGGUCCAGGGAGAGAGAUCGGAGACGGAGCCGCUCUCGAUCCCCGCACAGAAGACGCUCCAGAUCCCCAAGACGACAUAGAUCCACAUCUCCUUCUCCUUCUCGACUGAAAGAAAGAAGAGAUGAGGAAAAGAAAGAAACAAAGAGCAAAGAACGUCAGAUAACUGAGGAAGACUUAGAGGGCAAAACAGAAGAAGAAAUAGAAAUGAUGAAGAUAAUGGGAUUUGCCUCCUUUGACUCAACAAAAGGAAAAAAGUUGGAUGGUUCUGUAAAUGCCUAUGCCAUAAAUGUGUCUCAGAAGAGGAAGUACAGGCAGUACAUGAAUCGCAAAGGUGGAUUCAACAGACCUUUGGAUUUCAUUGCGUGAGAAUUGAAAUGUUGAAGAAUGAUUUUUCCCCCCCUCAUCAUGAUCAGAAGAGUGGAUUUUGUAUUUUGUAUUUCAUAUGCAUCAAAACAGGCCAGGAUCACAGCCCUUCCUCCUUGUAAAGUAAGAAAAUUUUAUCUUUGAUGUGUGCAGUUCACUUAACCUGCCUCAAAAGAAGAAAUGUUAAAUAUUACAUUUUUUUCUUUUAGGAAGUAUCAUUUGGGGCAAUCAUCAACCCCAUUUUUUGUCUUAUUCCUGUGGAAGCUGUAUAUGUUUUCUUCUUGGAUGCUCGUUAGGAUUUUUUAAAACACAUAAAAGUAAUUUGGAUGUAAGUGUCUCAAAUAAAGCAAUUAUUUCUA